AUGGAUAAAAAAGAACACAUCGAAAGAUUAUUUGACGAGCGAGGUAAAAAUGAUAAAAAUUCUACUACCUUAGCUAACACUCUAGACAAAGAUAUCCAAACUGUUUUUAACAGUCCCGAGAAAUUCGCUCUAGAAUUACUACAAAACGCUGAUGAUGCUGCUAUCGAUAAUCAACCUAUACAUGUUACAUUCCAAAUCAAUCAACGAUACUUAGCCUUUUCUCAUACCGGUAGACAUUUCGAUUAUCAAGAUGUCGAAGCUAUUUGUGAUAACGCACAACAACAGUUUACACGGAAGAAAACCGAUUUAAGCAAGACUGGCUUUAAAGGAAUCGGAUUUAAGUCUGUAUUUGUAAUAUCGUAUCGUGUCUAUAUUAUAUCUAGAAAUUAUUGUUUCCGAUUUGAUCGCGAUUAUGCAAAAUGGCGUAAUAACGAUAGCGAUAGAUUUAGACGUUAUCCUUGGCAAAUUACGCCUAUUUGGACACAGCAAAAUCAAUUACCGAAAGUAUUUGAACUGAAUAAGUCACAUGUUACUUUCCUAUUUCAACUAGUCGACGAAACUCGAUCUGUGAAUAAUGUUGAAAAGGUAUAUAACGCACUUAAAAUACUGAUGCAAACACCUAAUACUAUCUUGUUCUUACGUAACAUACAAGAAAUUACAAUUCGUCAACAUAAUCGUAUCGAUUCUAUUCAAUUAAGAAAGUUAUUCGAUACGUCUAAUCAAUACGAAUUAUAUGUAAACGAUACAUUGAAGAGUAAAUGGUUAAUUCGAUCCGACGAACAACAAAUUCCUAACGAAAUCCAUCAAAAGUUACAGCGACUACCCGAUCAAGAAUGUCCGACUAAACUUAAACAAGCAACAUCAGUUAAUCUCAAAUUUGCAUUCCUAUUCGGCGAAGAAGGAACGUUAAAAGCCCAUCAUAAAGCAGUACUAUUUUGCUAUCUACCUACACAAAUGUACUCCGGUUUACCGUUUCUAGUCAAUGGCGACUUCUUACUUAGUGCAGAUCGAACACAAUUAUUAACUAAUAUAUGGAAUGAAUAUAUGUUUCGAUGCAUAGCUAAGUUUCAUAUCGCUUUAUUACAUGAAUUUGCUCUAAAUGAAUAUUAUUGUGAUCACGUUUUAUUACUUUUAACACGCCGAUUAAAAGGGACUAUAUCGCAACAAUUUACCGACGUAUACAGUAGUACUAUCGAUAUUGAACUAGCAAAAAUCGCCUUCAUACCUUCUCAUAUUAAUCAGUGGCAAUUACUGAAAUGGGGCGAAGCUAUUUCGGACGAUUUAGGAUUCUUUGAGGCAUUUCCAAGUAUUGAUUUAACGAAACGUAAAUUGAUUGCAAGCUACAGAUUAGAAAAUCAGAGUAAAUUACUUAGCCACUUUACUUUACUUAAACUAACAGAAAAUUUAGAACAAUAUAGCGAAAUCUGUAUAGAGAAAUCAUGCUAUGGAAAACUUAUAGAAUUUCUGAUAAAUACCUGUUCAUCAUUCGGAUAUACAGAUAGAGAAUUACGAACACACAUGCAAAAAAUAUCGUUUCUAUUGACGGAUCAAAAUAAAUUAUCUAACAGUUCUGCUGUCUAUCUACCAGUCAGUAGGAAAUUGAAAGAAUACCCAUCAAUUUUAGGAAUUGACUUUAUACAUCCUGCCAUGCUUGAGAUUCCCGAUUCAGUCAAAUAG